UUCCCCAUCUGGGUGAUCAUGUACUCAGCCCCAGCACUGCAGCCUGGGGGUGCUCCCCGUGAGGAGGAAAAGGUGUGUCCACUGCCACCCAGUGUGAGUGGGUGACACCGCCCGGUUAGGAAAUCCCAGCUCCCAAGAGGGUAUAAAUCCCUGCUCGACUGCUGAGCUCCCGCUGGAGGUGAAAGUCUGGCCUGGCAGCCUUCCCCAGGUGAGCAGCAACAGACCACGCGGUGCCGGACCUCAUCCUCCUCUUCUGUGUCCUCUGGAAAUUGUCAGGAGCAAUGUUCCGCUUGUACGUGUUGGUAAUGGGAGUUUCUGCCUUCACCCUUCAGCCUGUGGCGCACACAGGGGCUGCCAGAAGCUGCCGGUUUCGUGGGAGACAUUACAAGCGGGAGUUCAGGCUGGAAGGGGAGCUUGUGGCCCUGAGGUGCCCCCAGGUGCCCUACUGGCUGUGGGCCUCUGUCAGCCCUCACGUCAACCUGACAUGGCAUAAAAAUGACUCUGCUAGGACGGUCCCAGGAGAAGAAGAGACACGGAUGUGGACCCAGGAUGGUGCUCUGUGGGUUCUGCCAGCCUUGCAGGGGGACUCUGGCACCUACAUCUGCACUACUAGAAAUGCCUCUUACUGUGACAAAAUGUCCAUUGAGCUCAGGGUUUUUGAGGAUACAGAUGCUUCCCUGCCGUUCAUCUCAUACCCGCAAAUUUUAACCUUGUCAACCUCUGGGGUAUUAGUGUGCCCUGACCUGAGCGAAUUCAUCCGUAACAAAACUGACGUGAAGAUUCAAUGGUACAAGGAUUCUCUUCUUUUGGAUGAAGACAAUGAGAAAUUUCUCAGUGUGAGGGGGACCACUCACUUACUCGUGCACGAUGUGGCCCUGGAAGAUGCGGGCUAUUACCGCUGUGUCCUAACAUUUGCCCACGAAGGCCAGCAAUACAACAUCACUAGGAGUAUCGAGCUACGCAUCAAGAGAAAACAAGAGGAGACCAUUCCUGUGAUUAUUUCCCCCCUCAGGACCAUAUCAGCUUCCCUGGGGUCAAGACUGACAAUCCCGUGUAAGGUGUUUCUGGGAACCGGCACGCCCUCAACCACCAUGCUGUGGUGGACAGCCAAUGACACCCACAUAGAGAGCGCCUACCAGGGAGGCCGCGUGACCGAGGGGCCGCGCCAGGAAUAUUCAGAAAAUAAUGAGAACUACAUUGAAGUGCCAUUGAUUUUUGAUCCUGUUACAAGAGAGGAUUUGAACAUGGAUUUUAAAUGUGUUGUCCGUAAUACCCUGGGUUUUCAGACACUACGCACCACAGUCAAAGAAGCCUCCUCCACAUUCUCCUGGGGCAUUGUGCUGGCCCCACUUUCACUGGCCUUCUUGGUUUUGGGGGGAUUAUGGAUGCACAGACGGUGCAAACACGGAACUGGAAAAGCAGAUGGUCUGACUGCGCUACGGCUGCAUCAUGACUUUCAAUCCUAUCCCAAUUAAAAUAAACGGAAUGAAAUAAUUCAAACACAAACUCCAUAUUUCUUCUCUUAUGGGAGUGGCUGUGUCUUUUUGAGGGACUCUGUUCUUUGCCUCAGUUGUCUACCAAAGGUGCCGCAUUUAUAGUGGGUUUGUAGUAAAGCAAUAAAAUCU